AUUUCAAAAAUAUGCUUGACGAGAAUAUUAAUCCAUUAGCUGGGGAAAUAUGGAGUAAUUCUAGAGAUCGGUUUACUAUUUUUAAAGAUAAGGAUCCUCCGACGGGAAUGAAUCAACAAACUUUUGCAAGAUUAUUAACAUUUAAAAAUGGCUGUCAAUUUUGUAAAACUGAAGAGAGAACGCCCACUGUAUAUUGGGUUCCUGAUAGUUUUAAUGUUGAUAACGAAAUUCUUGGACUUAUUGUACCUGUAACCCCAAAUAUAUAUUUAUCUGAUGCCCGAGAUGAAUCAACCUAUUAUUGGAUCAGUCAUGUCAAGGGUACUAUCGCAUUUUUUAUGAAUGCAGAUGAUAAUACACGGUCCGAAUUGAAUAGGCUGAGAGAAAACGUUGGGAUCAUUUCUAAAGAAGCCCAACAUUAUCAUGAAUGGACAAAUAGCUUAUAUCAAUCUCAAAUUAGAGAUCAAAAAAUACUUUUUGAAAGAUUUCUUUCAGAGAUUAAAAUAGAGACUUUAUUUAAACUACAACGUGAUGAAGAUUACCAAAGAUUGGUGUUAAAAAUACAAACAAAUCCCUUUUUGUUUCAAGAUUGGCAGAAAUAUAAAGCAAGAAUUUUACAAAUUGUACAAAAAAAUUCUUGUAAUGAAUUUAACAUUCAGGAAGAACCUUUGAUUGCUGCAUUUAAUGGUAUGGCUAAACGAAAGUUUGAUAAUACACCGAAUUCAUCGAGCUUUCAACAAGGGACUGCUAAAAAGUCUAAAUCAAAUGGUCAACGGAAUCCGGAGUUAUUCGAUCCAAAUAAAAGACGAACCAGAAUUAUUAAACGUCUAAGGAAAUUAACAUAUGGUACAAUUCAAAAGUCACCAGAAGAAUCUCUAAUAAGCAUUCGGGACCCAUUAUAUGCAUAUUUAUCGAUGUGCCCAAGCUUCGUAAAUCCACCUAUGAUUAAUGGAUCUGAUUAUUCCAAAGAAUUUUUCGAAGAAACUCUUAUACCAACACUCAAAAGGGAAGCAGAACAACUUCGCGCGA